GAGCCCCUGCAAGCAUCCCAGAAUUCUCCUAACCUCGUUGCUACGAAUUUGUCAAUUUUGUCAGUGUCUGAACUCUCCCACAAAUUUGCUUGAUUUACUCAGUUGCGAAGAAAUUUACUCGGCAGUUGAGAUGCCGGCGGUGACGACGGGGCCCCCCCAGAGGAGCGAACAGAUGUGGCAGGCGUUGAAGGCACACAUCAUCAGGGAAAGGCAGAGGAAAAAGCAAGAACAAGAGGCUGAUGCUGAAGAGGAGAGACAGAGAAAGGAGAGAGAGAGACAGCAGAAGCAGGACGUUAUGACCCUGGGAGAGACCAGAGAGCAAAUUUCAGUGCUGGAGGCUGAGUUGUCACAGCUGAAGGACGAGAAGCACCAGCUGUUUUUGCAGCUCAAGAAAGUGUUGAAUGAGGAUGACAACAGGAGGAGACAACUCACUAAAGAAGCCAGUGUUUGUUCAGAGGUUCUGACGAGCGUCAGCAAUUAUCCACCUGCUGGAACGAAUGUCGUGCAUCCCCAGUUGUUUCUUCCUUUGCCUACUAGAAGUCCAUUGUAUAAAGUCACUGCUGCAACGCCCACACACACUCUUUUGCCGAGUGUGAAUGGGCCUUUGAAGAGAGGCCACAGCCCUUCCCCACCAACCACAGCAUCGCCUUAUCACACAGUUUACGGGUACAAGCCUCCACCAACAAUGCCAAGUUAUAAUCCACCUCCAGCAAGGGAACUGAGGGGAGAUGGUUGUAUUUUUCCAGAAUCAGAGGAGGCUGCCAGGAGAACUGGCGACUCUCGCGCCGUCCUCUGGAAUAAAAAUAAUCAAUAUCCACCCUCGACUUUUUAUCCAACACCAGGUGGACAGAGUGUUUACAGCUACUCAGCGCCUACCUCGCAACCUGCACGAGAAACCGAUCCUGGAAAACCGGUUUAUUUGUCGGGGAAUAGAGCGACAUUGUCUACUCAUCCAGCAGCUUACGUCACAAGUCUUCACUCACUGGACCACAAGCCAGCCUACUCCGAGGAUAAAUUCUACCUGCGUCCUGGAAGCCACGUGACAGUUCAUGGAGGUGCAAUUCCCAUUCAGCAGCCCCCACAAGGUGCAAAAACUGGAAGUAUAACGUCGGGAUAUCCAGUUAAGGCCCCGCAGCCACCGCCUGGGCCUUACCCACCCCCUCCUCCGAGUACUUACGUCAGUGCACAACUUGGGCCCAUGCCUACACGAUCAUUGUACUCCCCACCAGCCAUCAGGUUCAUGCCACGAGAUUGUUGAAGCAACUCUGCAGAAUUUGAAAUUGAAGAGGACAUAGCUGGAAUGUGAAUACCCCUCACAACGAUAUUGUUUGUUAAUGAACCCAAAUUUAAGGAUGUAUUACACCCUUUUCGCCAAAAUUCACGUUUUUUGAACUUUUCUGGCAAAUUGUUGAUCGA